AUGACGAAAAAGAAGGCGAAGAAGAAACCCACAGCGACACCGGAACCAGAUCCACCGCAAGACGCAUCAAGGUCUUUGCAACCGGAUCUACGUCUCCCGCCACGAUUAUUUGCGACUGAUAGAUUCCCAACCAAGCGUCUUAACAUCUACUCUUCACCGGAGAUCCUCCCCUUCCUUCGUCAUGUUCUUAGAGAUACGAAGGAGUUCCAAAUCAUUCGAGAGUCUUGUUUCGGAAAGCUUUUCGACAUACCAGCCCGUCAAUGUCCAGUAUCUGCAAAGCUAAUUCACUCGUUCCUCACUCGUCAGCUUCUCUGUCUACCCAAAAACACGCUUUGGUCUGUUUUUGGUGGGAACCCUCUCCGCUAUGGUCUUCAAGGGUUUGGGACUGUGACUGGUCUGAAUUGCGCCUCUUUCCCUGAAGGAUAUCACCCCGACAUCGCAAAGUCAGUUGUUGCGGGGAAAGACGAAGUCUGGAAGAGACUUUUUGGGAAGAAGAAGAUUGUAACGAUUGCUGAACUUUGUCGGAUGCUUGAAAAGGAGAAGAAAAUGGAUCAUUGGAAGAAGAUACGUAUAGCUUUAAUCAUCAUUGUCGACGGUGUUCUCAUUGCUCACAAACAACAAGCACGCGCCACUCCUCGAUAUGUCAUGAUGCUUAAAAACCUCACAACUUUCUUUGCCUUUCCUUGGGGUAGAGAAUCAUUCUUGAAGACCAUCUCAUGCAUGAAACCACCCAAAAUCGGCCCUCAAAAACGGCCACGAUCCUGUUUCUUGGCUGGUUCGCAAACUCAAGCAAAACUCUUUCAGACUUCAAGGCUUCCCUUUGACACUUCAAUUGGUGGCAUUUCGCGCCAUCCCCCAUUUGCUCUUGCUGUCUCACCGAUUAUACCUAUUGAAAGCCAACCGCAGUCUGGCUGGAGAGAGUGGUCCAAUGACCCCAAUGAUGACUGUGUAAUAUACAUGGAACAAUUGAUAGUUGAUCAUUUCACUUUCAAGAAAGGAAUGUGGCCUGCUGGUGUCACAACCGAGCCUUUGCUUAAAAAGCCUAAAGAUCGUGGUCAUCGAAACGGGAAGGUUCCGACUCGGGUUAAGCAAUCUCUCAAACCAAAGAAGGUCAUCAAGAAGGAGACGUCUUCAAGGAAGCAAAGGCGCAUCAGUUCGUACUUUACACGUUCAAGUGUCGCCGGUUUCACCAAUACACAACUCUCGGAGAUGGGGUUGAAACUUCAAAAGCAGAUGAAGCAGAUGAAGCAGCUGCACAAACUCUUGAAAAAUAAAUAA